UCCACCAUGGCGCAAGAUCAAGGUGAAAAGGAGAACCCCAUGCGAGAACUUCGCAUCCGCAAGCUCUGCCUCAGUAUCUGUGUGGGUGAGAGCGGAGACAGACUGACCCGGGCAGCCAAGGUGUUGGAGCAACUCACAGGCCAGACCCCUGUGUUUUCCAAAGCUAGGUACACUGUCAGGUCCUUUGGCAUCCGGAGAAAUGAGAAGAUUGCUGUUCACUGCACAGUCCGCGGAGCCAAGGCAGAGGAGAUUCUGGAGAAAGGCCUGAAGGUGCAGGAGUACGAGUUACGGAAAAAUAACUUCUCAGAUACUGGAAACUUUGGUUUUGGAAUUCAGGAACACAUUGACCUGGGCAUCAAAUAUGACCCAAGCAUUGGUAUCUACGGCCUGGACUUCUAUGUGGUGCUGGGUAGGCCAGGUUUCAGCAUCGCAGACAAGAAGCACAGAACAGGCUGCAUUGGGGCCAAACACAGAAUCAGCAAAGAGGAGGCCAUGCGCUGGUUCCAGCAGAAGUAUGAUGGGAUCAUCCUUCCUGGAAAAUACAUUUUAUCCCAAAAAACAAUAAAAUUUUCUCAAAAUGGGAUGAGGCAGGGUACAGGGGAGGAGCAACAGAAGGGCCCCAGUGGUCAGCACAGGGCCAAGGAGGGGAAGGAGCCAAGCCACCAGAGAGUUUGA